AUGCCCGGGAACCCACUUCCGCGCGACGUGCACCUGUUUGGCCACGAUUGGGGCGCCGUGCUUGCCUACAUAUUGGCGCGAAAGGGGAGCAGGGAAAAAGUUCGCGUGACCUCGGUGGUCACCGUGGCCGUCCCUCACGAGGCCGCCCGAGGCUUCCUCACGCAUCCUCGCCAGUUCCUGAAUUCCUGGUACAUGCUCUUCAUUCAACUUCCUUUCCUCCCAGAGUUCUGGUUCCGCGCCGGCGGUCGCUUUUGGGGCUUGCACCAACUCUGGGGAGGUUGGUCGCCGGGCUAUACCCUCCCUCCUUCUCACCUCGCCUCGCUCCAUGCCACUUUCUCGGAGCCCGGGGUCCUGAUGAGCAGCAUGCAAUACUACCGCGAUAAUGUGCCGGGCAUGCUCCUCGAGAUAUUGAAGGCCGGACUGGGGCGGGGGGGGUCGGGGACGGAGGGAGAGGAAGAGAGGAAAGAAGCGUCGGUGGUCGCGGCGCCAACGUUGGCCUUGUCGGGCUUAAACGAUGGGUGCAUUGACCCUGUCCUCUACGAUGUGGCCAUGGGCCUGCCUACGGACGGCAUGCGGGUGGACCAUCCCUUGUUCCCAGCGGGGGUCCGGGUGAUGAAAUUGGAAGGAGGGGGACAUUUCCUCCACCGGGAAAAGGCCGAAGAGGUGAAUGACUUGGCCGUGGCGUGGUUCAAGAAGCACUCAAAAAUGGGAUGA